AGUAGCUGUCUGUUCGUUAGCUAGGUAUAUUUAGCUGAUUGCAUUAUCGGAUCAGAAUUAACCUGCAGUCUUAAAGUACAGAGGGAAGUACACAUAGUGAACGCUGUUCCGGACGAUUACUAACUGGCAGUGUAGUUAGCUUACUAGUUGGGCUACCGUGAACAGCAGCUUUGUUAUUUCUGCAAAUUGUGCAGAACAAAACAAACGAUUUUUGACAUGUCUUCAGACGAAGACAGGGCCAAGGAAAUUUUGAAGGGCUUCAAACUAAACUGGAUGAAUCUUCGGGAUGCAGAGACAGGCAAAGUGCUGUGGCAAGGAACGGAGGACCUCUCUGUACCAGGAGUAGAACAUGAAGCUCGUGUCCCAAAGAAGAUCCUGAAGUGCAAAGCUGUGUCCAGAGAACUGAAUUUUUCUUCCUCUGAGAAACUGGAGAAGUUCAGGUUGGAACAGAAAGUUUUCUUCAAAGGACAGUGUCUAGAAGAAUGGUUCUUCGAGUUUGGUUUUGUUAUCCCCAAUUCCACUAACACAUGGCAGUCUCUGAUAGAAGCAGCUCCAGAGUCCCAGAUGAUGCCAGCCAAUGUUUUAACUGGUAACGUGAUCAUAGAAACCAAGUUCUACGAUGAUGACCUCCAUGUCAGUACUUCCAGGGUACGACUUUUCUACGUCUGACCUCUGCCUCCUCAGUCCACCUUCCUAAAUGCUGACAUCCUGCCAAGGUCUGUAAAUUACCAAGGUUAGCUACAAUUUUCAGCAGUACACAGCUUAUUUCCGACUUGGGAUCAACACCCUUGGGUAAAAUCCAGCUGUGGUGCCACAGUCAGUGAAGCGAGCUUUGUUUUUUGUUAUACUCUUGUUUUGUGUUGACUUGAAUACAUCUUCUAGACCUUGGGAGAAAGGGGAAGAGGAGGAGAAAGAACUCUGUCAUUUCCACUUUUCCAGGAUCAUCUCUCUUCCACUUUUUCUCCUCCAGACUGUUUCACUGUAUGGCCACUGAUCUCAAGUCAACCAGGGAACCUCUCUGCAAAGACAUGAUUUUUGCUUUUUUGUUAUCUGCCCUCUCUUACUCCAAGGUUGCAUUUACUCAGGAACAGAACAUCAGACUUAUAACCUUCUGCAAUUAGAUCUUCUCCUUUCUGUCUGAAACACUGCUCUCCAUGUGUCACCCGUUUACACACAGGCUUGUCAGUGUGGAGGGAAGACGAUACAAGCAAGAGGUCUUCAUCAUAAUAUAAGAUUAGAUAAAAUAAGAGCUUUUGUCAUUGUAGAUGGUACAACAAAAUUUAGUUGGUAGACACAGUGCAUAUUUAAACAGAAAAUAGAAAAAAAAAAUUAGUCCACGAUAAUGUCCUUUCACUGUGUCCCAUUCCAGAGGUUACCUUCUUUGAAGUUCCAGUUUCCUGACAGUAUAUUAUCAUUGGGAAAUAAAUCUGUCGCGUUUCAAAGGCCCAUCAAAAAUGCAACCUUUUUUUUCUUUACAUUUGGGUAACAGAAUCUGUACAACUUGUGUCAUCUUUCUAGUCCACGAUAUCCCAAAUUGUUUUGCACUGGCCAGUUUUUGUCUACUUGUAAAGUAAGGAAAUAGUUCUGACUGCUGCAGUAAUUGCAAUUGUACAAAUACAUGUUGACAUAUUUACUUGUGCACACAUCAGCUUACUCUUAAAGUCCCUGAAUGCGUUGUUAGUGGACUCUCUGACGCUAAGUAUUGGAACUGUUGAUGUAACCUUAGUUCUCGGAAAACCACCACUUUGCAAGCAGCCUCUGAAGUAGGACACACUUUCUACCAACAAAACCUUUCUUGUUUUCUGAUACAUGAACUAGUGUGGAACAUUGGUUUCAGUGCAGUACAGUAGAAGGCAAAGUGCCACUACAAGAGCCACUAAUUUAACUGGAUUGGUUCUUGAAAUGAAAACCAGCACACUGUUAUCAUGAUGACACAUUUGAAUUGCACUGUGUUUGAGAGACAUUCAUCAGUAAUCAAAAUAGGGUUUUAUUGCAUUGAUUUAUGUGCUUGUACUUGACCUUCAGAGCUAAACUUACUUCACAUAUUCAGCUUAUCUGGUGUAGACCAAAACAUGCAUCCUUCAUUAUCAAUGGUAUACAAUUUUAUCCCAGCUAGACCCAAAUGUCAACAGCUUUGUAAGGUCUUUACCGCAGCUUUCCUCUGUACAUUCUGGACAGAUUUCUAACUUUGACUUCCCAUCCAGUUCGCUCUGUUUAUGUCAUUGUUUUUUUUAGCUGGAAACUGAGCUGUGUAAAAUAGACUUGUGUUUUAAUUUGACAAGAGUUGUGGAUUAAAGUUAUACAAUGUUGUUAUAACAUGA